UAAAGAUGCACAUCGGAUCUCAGUCAGUAGGAAAAAUAUCAGCAUAUGAAUUGGUCAACUAAAAUUCAGGUUCCCAAGUAUUUAUCUCAGCAGUGGGACAAAGCUGCAGAAAAGGGAGAAGUUGGAAAGAUUGCCAUUGGAAAGAAGCAAGGCAAAACAGAGGUAUGUUUCAGCCUCAGUGACGAGCUGAUAGCCUUGGAUGCUGUGGGGGAGAACGAUGCAUCACUGGAGGUCCCAAAGGAUCAUCCCUUCACAAUGCACCCAGUGGGUGGACAGACCAUGGCAGUCUUCAGCCACAGUAACACAGAUGAAAUCAGUCUGGAGGGGAUGGUGGUGCACCGAGCCGAAUGCAGACCAGUCGUCACUGACAGCUACAUGAAGCUGAAGAAUUUUAAUACUGAGUUUGGGUCUAAGAUGGAGUAUGAGAAGAAAAAGAAGACUGAAGGGAAGAUGGUGAGAGCUGAACGUCAGCUCGUGUUGGACAUGCUCUUCUCGGCCUUCGAGAAGCACCAGUAUUACAACAUUAAGGCGCUGGUGGACAUCACCAAACAACCUGUGACCUACCUGAAAGAAAUCAUGAGGGAAAUCGGCACAUACAACAGCAAAGGCGUUCACAAAAGCACCUGGGAACUGAAGCCGGAGUACCGACACUACCAAUCUGACGAGGAGGAGAUGCAGACCACCUAGGCCGAGCCAGAGUCCUCUGAAGUAUCUUCUGGGCCUCAAAUUUGCAACAAAUUUGUUUUGUUUUUUCCAGUAAUUUUGUUUUAUGUUGACAGAAUUAUGGGGAGAAAAAGCUUUGGGUGCACUCAAACAUAACUAAUAUGGCACGAUGGUGUAAAAUCAUUAUUUUUGUGGUAGGAUAAAUUUUUGUGUGUAUUCCAAGAAAGAAAUAAACGUCCUCUGCUGAGGAAAACAAA